AUGGCAGAAUCCAGUAUUUCAGGGGCUCAGGAUGAGUUCAGCUGUUCAAUCUGUCUGAAUCUACUAAAGGAUCCAGUAACCAUUCUCUGUGGACACAGUUACUGUAUGAGCUGUAUUACAGGCUGCUGGGAUCAGGAUGAUCAGAAGAGAGUCUACAGCUGCCCUCAGUGCAGACAGACCUUCACUCCAAGACCUGUUUUAGGUAAAAACACCAUGCUGGCUGAAGUGGUGGAGAAACUCAAGAAGACAAAACUACAAGCUGCUCUUCCUGCUCAGUGUUACUCUGAACCUGGAGAUGUGGAGUGUGACAUCUGUACUGGGAGAAAAUAUAAAGCUAUCAAAUCCUGUCUGGUGUGUCUGGAAUCUUACUGCCAGACCCAUUUUGAACGUCAUGAAGAAUUUCGCUCUGGCAAGCGACACAAAGUGACAGAUGCUAUUGGAGAAUUAAAAAAGAUGAUUUGCCCUCAACAUGAUAAACUGAAGGAAAUUUUCUGUCGUACUGAUCAGCAGUGUAUUUGUUAUAUGUGUAUGGUGGAUGAACACAAAAACCACAACACUGUAUCAGCUGCUGCAGAGAGGACUGAGAAACGGAAACACUUGGAAGAGACCCAGAGAAAAUUCCAUCAGAGAAUCCAGGAGAGACAGAAGGAACUUGAUGAGCUAAGAGAGACUGUAGAGUCUUACAAGCGCUCUGCACAGACAGCAGUGGAGGACAGUGAGAGGAUCUUUACUGAGCUGAUCCGCUCCAUUGAGAGAAGCCGCUCUGAGGUGACACAGCUGAUCAGAGAUCAGGAAAAGGCUGCAGUGAGUCGAGCUGAAGAACAACUGAAGCGACUGGAGCAGGAGAUUGAAGAUCUGAGGAGGAGAAACGCUGAGCUGGAGCAGCUUUCACACACAGACCAUCACAUCCAUUUCCUCCAGUCUCUCUCUGUUCCUCCUGGAUUUACAGACUCACCCAGCAUCACUGUCAGUUCUCGUCUCUCUUUUGAUGAUCUUGGUAAAUCUGUGUCUGAUCUAAGAGAGCAACUGGAGCAUUUAUACAUAGAGGAGAAAGAAAAGAUAUCUGCUAGAGUGAGAUACAUCCAGAUCAUUCCCACUCAUGAAUAUGAGAGCAGGAAAGAGUUCCUACAAUGUAAGUAACAAGAUGAGCGCAUACA